GCAAGCCGCAAGCCGCUUGGCCAUGGGCCUAAGGGUUCCAGAGGAGACGGACUGCCAGCGCUGAUAGCCGCAGGGUGGAGCGAGGGAGGGCAAGGCCCAGAAAAAGAUAUUUCACAAUGGCUGACUGCAAGCUGGAGAGCUGGAAGAACCACUAGCUGUGCAGUCCAAAAGGCUGAAGCUCCAGAAUAAGAGGGUCAAUGGUGCUACCCUAAUCUGAGACCAAAGAGAUUCUGGAGAAUCUGUUUUGGAAAAGUGAAGAAGUGGGAGUCCAGUAUCUUCAGAUAAUCACAGCAACAAUCAAGAACCCAUUCAACAGUGCGGGCGCAGCGGCCUGGCCCUGGGAGCGCCCCGGCGGGCGGCCAGGCGCAGAGGGGCCGAGACGGUCCGCGGUGGGCGAGGGAGCUGCUGGUCCUUCAUGAUGAGAGAUUUUGGGGUGCUUCUCUCUCUUCUGUGUAGUUGACAGUCUGGGUGGUGAGGAGAUGGCUGACAGUGUCAAAACCUUUCUCCAGGACCUUGGCAGGGGAAUCAAAGACUCCAUCUGGGGUAUUUGUACCAUCUCAAAGCUAGAUGCUCGAAUCCAGCAGAAAAGAGAGGAGCAACAUCGAAGAAGGGCAAGUAGUGUCCUGGCACAGAGGAGAGCCCAGAGUAUAAAGCGGAAGCAAGAGAGUGAGCCACGUAUUGUUAGUAGAAUUUUCCAGUGCUGUGCUUGGAAUGGUGGAGUAUUCUGGUUCAGUCUCCUCUUGUUUUACCGUGUGUUUAUUCCUGUGCUUCAGUCAGUAACAGCCCGAAUUAUUGGGGAUCCAUCACUACAUGGAGAUGUUUGGUCGUGGCUGGAAUUCUUCCUCACAUCAAUUUUCAGUGCUCUUUGGGUGCUUCCCCUGUUUGUGCUUAGCAAAGUUGUGAAUGCCAUUUGGUUUCAAGAUAUUGCUGACCUAGCAUUUGAGGUAUCGGGGAGGAAGCCUCAUCCAUUCCCUAGUGUCAGCAAGAUAAUUGCUGACAUGCUCUUCAAUCUUUUGCUACAGGCUCUUUUCCUUAUCCAGGGAAUGUUUGUGAGUCUCUUUCCCAUUCAUCUUGUUGGUCAGCUGGUCAGUUUGCUGCAUAUGUCCCUUCUCUACUCACUGUACUGCUUUGAAUAUCAUUGGUUCAAUAAAGGAAUUGAAAUGCACCAGCGAUUGUCAAACAUAGAAAGGAAUUGGCCUUACUACUUUGGAUUUGGUUUGCCCUUGGCUUUCCUCACAGCAAUGCAGUCCUCAUACAUUAUCAGUGGCUGCCUCUUCUCUAUUCUCUUUCCUUUAUUCAUUAUCAGUGCUAAUGAAGCAAAGACCCCUGGAAAAGCAUACCUUUUCCAGUUGCGCCUGUUCUCCUUAGUGGUGUUUUUAAGCAACAGACUCUUCCACAAGACAGUCUAUCUGCAGUCUGCCCUGAGUAGCUCAACGUCUGCAGAGAAGUUCCCUUCACCGCAUCCAUCUCCUGCCAAACUGAAGGCUGCUGUGGGCCAUUGAGUUGCCUGUCAUCUAAAGGGGAUGGGUGGAUUGGAAAGAAGUUGUGGCAGCUCUUUUCUCUAUCCUCUCCUGGCUAGGGAAGGCAGGACCCACUCUGCCAAGGGCCCUCUGUGUAUUCCCUUCUCUUUGAGGAAUUUUUGUCUCUGGUACAUGGGAGGCAGGAUCUUUCUGACACCAGUAUGUGGAUUUUUAAUACCACCGUGAGUCUGAAAGGACCACAGGUUUUUCUGCAGCUGUUUUCUAGCAUUUGCCAGCCCCUGUGCCUGGACUGAUUUAAAUACUUUGUUUUUCUCCCUGUGCCAUUUACCCUCCCACCUCUCCUUCCUGCCUUCUAGCAACCUUGGAUGAAUGGGUUUUGUAAUUCUAGUUGUUGUAUUUUGUGGGUUUGUUAUUUUUGUUGAUUUUCUGUGAAGCACAUACAUUGGAUGUGGGAGGUAAAGGAGUAUCUCAGUUGCUCCUUGUUUACUCCCUUUAUAGCCAUCACUGUCUUGUUUCUUGUAUCUCAGGUUAGGUUUUGGUCUCUCUUGCUCUACUGCAAAAAAGUAAAAGAAAAAGAAGCAAAGCAAAAAAAAAAAAAAAAAAAAAGAGCCUGAAGAGAUGGGACAGAGUGAAAGACCUCACAGCCAGACUGGCUGGGUUUUGAGGAGUAAUCUUUUUUUUUUUUUCCUUCCCCUUGAAGGG